UGGUCCCACCAACUGUCAACGCGACUUCCGCUCUUUUCCUACCCAACUCGCGGAGCAAAAUGCAGCAGAAGCGCAGAGAACCCGUGCAGGCCGUCCAGGUCUUCGGACGCAAGAAAACCGCCACCGCCGUGGCCUACUGCAAGCGUGGCAACGGUCUCCUGAGGGUGAACGGACGUCCCCUGGAUCAGAUUGAACCCAAGGUUCUGCAAUACAAACUGCAGGAGCCUCUCCUGUUGCUCGGCAAGGAGAAAUUCGCCGGCGUGGACAUCCGUGUGCGCGUCAACGGUGGUGGUCAUGUAGCCCAGAUCUACGCCAUCCGCCAGGCUAUUUCCAAGGCCCUCGUUGCCUUCUACCAGAAGUAUGUCGAUGAGGCCUCCAAGAAGGAGAUCAAGGACAUUCUGGUGCAGUACGACAGAACCCUGCUGGUCGGCGAUCCGCGUCGCUGCGAGCCCAAGAAGUUCGGCGGUCCAGGUGCCCGUGCCCGCUACCAGAAGUCGUACCGUUAAACUACUCUGUCUGGUUUUCAAUUUGGAUUAGAGAUAUUUUUUACAAUUUGAAAAUGGUUUGCACGCAAGUGCGAAUAAAAACGGAAUAAUUAACUGUA